AUGAAAUGUCAUAUUUCCGGUCUGCUAGGCGUUCAACGUUUCUUUCCCUCCACAGAUGUGUUUCACUGGUCCUGUCUCAAUAACUUGGCCUCUCGGCUGCCGCUCCACACGGCUCCAGCGGGAUACCAGUGUCCCACCUGUCAGGGUCCAGUGUUUCCCCCCUCUAACCUCGCCAGCCCGAUCGCUGAUGUGCUGAAAGAGCAGCUGUCGUCAGUGAACUGGGCCAGAGCAGGUUUGGGGCUGCCGCUGAUUGAAGAGCCCAUUGGGGUUCUUGAGGAGACCUCAGCGAACGAUGUCACCGAUUAUACUGACUGGUCAACGUUUGAUGCACAAGAACAAAGUAACAUUUACCCCGGCCACUCUUACAGCACCAGCCUCAGCGCCGCGCCAAACUCUGUCUCGCCUCCAGCGCAGGACGACCUCGGAGGUCCUCGCAAAAAUGGAGAUCCAAACAUGCAGGAGCACGCUGUGGUCAACUUUAAUAACACUACAGCCUGUGACACGAUCACACUACACGCAGCAUCGUCACCCAGAAAGAUCUACGACACGCGGGACGUCGGUCACAGCUCUGUCACACAGAUCGACUUUGAUGAUGACAAGUACCGGCGACGGCCAACGUUAAGUUGGUUUGCUCAGAUUAUCAAAAAUCGUACAGGUGGAAAGCGGACGUCUCUGUCCUGGAAGCAGCGCGUCUUCAUGCUUCUUCUGGUUGGAGUUUUGGGAUUCUUUACGUUGAUAAUCAUCAUGGCUAAACUUGGGCGUGCGUCCGCCGGCUCAGACCCAAAUUUAGAUCCUCUUCUUAACCCCAACAUCCGUGUGGGGAAAAACUGAUAACAAGCAUUGAUUCCUUUUCUUCCUUCUGUGUUACACAAUUUAAGCCCGUGUAGAACGAGCCGAAACGGGACUUUUAAUACGCGGUGAGCCCGACAGAGGGCGCCGUUUACAAGGCUUUGAGUGGAGGAGAGAAAGAGACGCUGCACCUCUGUAGAGUGGAGGUCAUCUCAGGCGGUAGGAACAUGCCCGGGCCCCUUCAGACCAUAAAACACAUCUCACAGCAUUCAGACACUUUCCAAAGGUGACCACGGCCCGGUGCAUGCAGACGAAGGAUCCGGUUAUUUAAAGAUGAAGAGGGUAAAUAUUUAUAUUUACAAUUCCAGCUAACAUUUAUCAGUGAUCUUUGUACGUUAAUUUUUUUUAAAAGUUCAGUAGGAUCCAAAUAAACACCGCUGAUGUUGAAACAACAUCUUUAGCUGGCAGAAACGUAAAAUAACGUCGUCAUGGUUACAAACUGAUUCCGCUCGCUGGUUUGAUUCCCACACUUAAUUAACACAUAACUAUUUAUGGGUGUCUGCAUUACUUCUGAAAUUGAGUGCUUUUAGAUUUGCAAUACAUAACUGUAUGUACAUUUUCUUGAUGUUUUUUUUUUUGACUGUCUAUUAAAUGGGAAUACUGCA